GCGCCCGGAGGACCUGUAUUCGGCGGCUCCAUGUCGCUGCCUGCCUCCCAGGCACCACCGCCGCCGCCGCCGCCUCCGCCGCACCCGCCGUCAUCGUUCGGGGCUGGGCCGCCGCCCUGGUCGGCGCCGGCGCAGAACGGCGCUGGACAGUGGACGGGCCAGCCGUACCCGCAGCUGUCGACGGCGCCGGCGCCGGCCGCCGGCGCCCACUUCUACGACAGUCGCGUGCAGUACCAGUACCCGCAGACGGCCGGCGCCGCCUUCUACGCCGGCUCCGGCGUCGAGGACCACUUCGCCGACCCGUUCUCGAGCCAGAACGGCGGCGCGACGCUGGGCGCGGCCUACCCGCCUCUGCCGGACCCGGCGGCCGGUCGAGCCAACGGCGCUGGCAACGGCUACAGCCCCGGCCCCAGCUACAUCGUCAGCAACGGCGCCGAGAAGGGCUCGCACCUGCUGAUCCCGGUGUCGAACACGGCCGCCGUGCUGGCCAAGCCGUCGCCGCUGGGCGGCAGCGCCGGCCUCUCGCGGCCCGGACUCAUGGUCUCUACCACCAUCACGCCGCUUAGCCACGCGCAGCAAAUGACGACGUCUUUAAACUACCAGCCUGGCCACCAUCUGUACUCCCGCCGGUCGAGCAGCUCACACAGCUCUAGCUCGGCCGCCCGGUGCCCAGGCGAUACCAGCGGAGGUGCCGGCGCGCUCGUCUACCCCAUGGACCCGCCGCCGCCACUCACAGUACAUGACAAACUCAAGCUCAAGAUCUACGAGCGCCAGCAGAAGGCGCCGCCGGCCAAGCCCGGCAGCUCGCCGCAAACGGUGACGCACUCGCCGCAUCAAGUGGCGCACUCGCCGCACCAGGUGCCGCACUCGCCGCACCAGGUGCCGCACUCGCCGCACCAAAUGCCGCACUCGCCACAUUCGUCGCACCAGGUGGCGCUGUCGCCGCGGCAGGUCUCCCAGUCGCCCCAUCCCGUGCCGCAGUCGCCACACCGCAUGACGCAGUCGCCUCAUCACGUGCCGCAGUCGCCCCAUCACGUGCCGCAGUCGCCCCACCACAUGCCGCAGUCGCCCUUACAACAGAUGGUGCAUUCGCCGCACGGCCUGCCACCAAGUCCGCACGCAUUCGGCCAGCUGCCUGCAUCUCCACUGCAACAGCAGCAGCAACAACAACAACAGCAGCAACAGCAACAGCAGCAACAGCAACAGCAGCAGCAGCAGCAACAGCAACAGCAACAGCAGCAGCAACAACAACAGCAGCAGCAGCAGCAGCAGCAGCAGCAGCAGCAGCAGCAGCGGAGCCAGGCGCUCAGUCCGCAGAUAUACAGCAUGCCGACGCCGCUGGAGCAGAAGCCGCCGGCCGAGCUGGAGCCGUUCGAGGGGUUCGGCUCGCUGGGCGCCGAGCCGGGCUCGUACCAGGUGACGGGCAACAUCUUCCAGACGGGCCUGGGCUUCGGCGAGCCGGGCGUGGGCUCCAGCCUGUGCAGCGACCGGGUGAGCAGCUCCGGCCAGCGGCUGGAGCCGGCCGACCAGCUGGGCGACGCUCUCCUGCCGCCCGACACCGACGAGCAGCCUUUUUUAGCCCUUAGGACUGCAGGAGCCGAGCGGCGACGCUCGCGUGGGGGCCCUGCAGUCCUGGACGCCCUUCCAUCACCCACUGGCGUCGCUUCUGGCGCACCGACGCCGUUUGGAGUCACCUCUGACACACUGACGUCACCGGCAGUCAUCUCUGGCGCACUGGCACUGCUCGAAGACAUCGCUGGCGCAUUGACGCCACCGGCAGACAUCACUGGCGCACUGACGCCAUCGGCAGACAUCGCUGGCGCACUGACGCCACCGGCAGACAUCGCUGGCGCACUGAUACUGCCUGGAGUCAGCUGUAGCGCACUGACACCGCCUGGACUCUCCUCUGAUGCCCCAUUGGCGCCGGCCGGCGACUGCCGUGAGGCGCUCCUGACGCCCGCGCUCGACCCGCACCCAGCUCCAGCUCCAGCUCCAGCUCCAGCUCCACCUCAGCAGGCUGGCACGGCGACGCUGGCCGAGAACGACAGCGAGGCCUCUCAGAACAACUCGCCACCAGGGAACCAGCCACUCGGCCGUCUCGGUAGCCAGCCGGCGGCCCUCUCGCCGCCAGCCGGGAGCCAACGCCAGCUGACGACGACCGGGGGUGGCCCGGAGAGCGAGGCGGCCGUGUACGAGGGGGCGCGCUCCUCUACAACGCUGGAGCUGUGUGAGACGCAGACGCAGAUGGAGUCUCAGUGGACGAGGCUCGUGUCGCCGCCACACCCCUGCGCCGGGGGCCGGCCACAGGCCAAGCGCGAUGCAGCGAACGCGACGGACACCCUCGAAGCUGAAGGCAUCAUCACAUGGUCUGAACCGAAGAGGCCCCGACUCAGCGCGCCGUCACCGCUGCCGCCGCCUGCCGUCCUGAGUUCUCCUCCCCCCGGGGAGACACGGCAGGCGUCGCCCCCACCCCACCAGCAGCUAUCCAUAACCCAGCCGCUCACGCGCCACCAGCCGCCCACAACCCGGCCGUUGGUGACGUCACCGCCGUGGCCACCGGACCCGCGGGUCGCCGCCGCCGGCCGCGCGUGGGAUGUUGACCACCGGUCGUCUUUCACGGAAUCUCAGGGAGUUUACGGUCUGCCCGUGGACCAUACUAGUCAGGACGGCGGCGGCGGCGGCGACGGCGGCGCGGCAGCUCGUGGGCCGGCCAAGCGGCCGGGCUGCGGCGGCCCCCCCGGCGUGCCGGGCUCGACGCGGGCCACGCCGCAGGCGGACGGCGACGCCCGCGCGCUGUGACGUUGCGGCGGGGUUAGCGGCACCUGCCGACCGGAUCUCACCUGUCGACGAGCUUCUGUUGCUCAUCGGCACUCGCCGUGGCCGCGUGACGUUCCUCAGUUUGUUCAUCGUCUGUCUGCGGGCUGGAUGGCAUGAGGGCUCGACGCCCUCCGGCGCCCGACGCGUCGGGCGCCCGUCUGCACGACGCGAUCGCCCCCCUUUUUUGUACCUGCAAGUGAGCCAUGAGGUGGUCUGACAGGUCCUAGUGGCCGCCCUGCCCCUCAGGCCGUCAGCCGGUACGCUCUCACCUGUCCUGUCGGAGGAACUCUGUCGGCUGGCGGUGUGGAUCUGACGCGCGCUAGGUCCGCCCCGCCAUGAGCAAUCUGGCGCGAUGUACGGGCCGAUCCCAGGCCAUACCGACUACUGUUCAGUCGUCGCAUCUGUUCUCGUCCACCGAGUACGCGGCAGCGCCUCCUCGCUCACCAACGACCACGCCCGACAGGGUGUUAUGCACUGAUGAGGUGGAUAGCUGUGAGCGACGCACUGUGCCCUAUUAGACGAAAUACGGAUCAAAUCGACUGGGCGCCACCGACCAACCGGCUGGGGCUUCUGCUCAAACGAUGUCUCAUCUACACCCGCGAAUCAUGCCGACACGUUUUGUCGUGAAAUUGUGCUCAGACCGGUGCGCGAGUGUCGGCAGCGCUUCGCCACUUCGUUGGCUCGUUACCAGCCCGGUUUAUCUCGGCCUAGCCCCUCCCUGUGUUGUGCGUGUUAAACGUGUACUGAUCUCCGCGCAGAGCUGAGAGCAUAAUCUGUCCGAGCGAGGACGGCCCCCGGCGGUCGAUAUUAUUUAAUUGCGCGUGCGUCCACUCGUCCGAGGUCCGAACGCGUCGGGCUCGGCGAGUCUGUACCAUAGUUUUGUACUGUAUUUUUGUACGCUCUGUACAUAGGCGAGGCGCGUGGGGGCGCAGGCACCAAUAGCUGUGGGCGUACAAGUAUUUUUCAUGGUCCAUCCCGUCUCAUUAUCACAGAGUGGCUCCUUGAUUUGUCGUGGGCGGCGCGCUGACCGAGGGCGCCGUGAGCCGGCGGCGCCCGCCUCAGACCGGCCGCGUGGGCGCGUGUGACUGCUCUUGGCGGGUGGGCCACUGUGAGGCCGUGGUCUGGUCGCGGUUCACUCGUGUUCGGCAUGACUGAUGGUGUAGCGCGCGCGCUGGGGCCUUCGCCACUGACAGCGACGCGUGCUGGCCGCCAGCGGCCGCCUC